GCAGAUAUACGAUGAAAACAAUGUGUCAAUUCGUAAUUGUGGUCUUUGUAUUAUAUUUUUGCGAACAGAUUGAUUCCGCGUGAGUAUUUCAGUUCACAACUUUGAUUACGUAUAACAGUAAUUUCCUCCAAUGUCCAUAUGUUGAUAGAAUUUUUUUUAGAAUUUUUAAUGAAUUUCGUACAAUUUUUUUUUACACACAAAUUUUAAAGACAAUUAGAUAAGAUAUAUACAUAAUAUUAUUGAAAAAAAGAAGGAAAAAAAAUAUAAUACAUAUUGCACGCAGUGAUCAAAGUAGCAAUAAGCUUUCGAGUUGAUCACUGCCUCAUUAAAUUAUUUUAGAGAAAGUUUAACAAGAUAUUUAUAUAUGACAAAUUAAAUACAAUAUCAUUGCCUCAAGGAAUUAGAGGGGGGUGUUUGUGAAAUAAUUAGGAAUUGAGUAUAUCUUUUUCUAAAUAUUGACAUUGAAUUUGAUCGUUUGAUUUCAGGAUUAAUAGACUCCCAAAUUUGUGAUGAAAUAAAUUUAAAUGUUUGUAUUCCAUAAUUAGUUCGUGCUUUUGGUCUACUUAAAUUCUGUCUGCUAGCAAAUCUGGUAUUAUGAGAGUGUUGAGCGGAUACAACCUUAAUACUACUGGCAAAUACUGACGGGACAUCAUUUGUUUCUGCUAGAAUUUUGUAAACAAAAGUUGCUAUUUUCAAUUGAAAAACAUUGAAAAACAUAUCAUGGUUCUGUUGAAUUUUAGAUCUGUUGAAAUGAAACGAAGCAUUGUGCAGGAUGGACAAAAUGGGACGAUGUUUGCUGUCCAGCACAGCCUAUUUUGUGACAUAUACAGAGACUUAAGUCCAAGACAACACAAUAUUUGUCGAAACAAUUUGCUUUUAAUGGAAAGUGUUAUUGAGGGUGCUAGAUUGGCAAGACAAGAAUGUAUUAAACAGUUUAAUAAUGAACGAUGGGAUUGUUCGAGCAUUUCAGGAAAAUCUACAGCGCUUGGCCUAAUGACAAAAUAUGGUAAGUGCAUGUAA